GGCCCUCGAACAAAAAUACUUUCUGAAACGGAAGUGGAACUGAAUCAUGGGAACAACAUGGCGGAAUGUUUGAAUCUCUGAUGUUGUUCCAAAACAACGUGUCUACAUUUCUCUAUUACACGAUGUAGCUAAAGACAUUCUGGUACCUACACAUCUUUAUAUCAUGUUUCAUUAUAAAUGCCAGUUACUAUCCCUGCGAACAAUAUGACAGAAUGGCGAACAUGUGAUACGCCCGCGUCGGGAAUGACAGCUGGUUCAGACGAGAGCAGGCAAGGUGGAGGCAAACCGAAAACAAACAGACUGAGAAGAAGCCUCAAACAAACGCAGGCAACUCCAUCUCUCAUUGUUUCUCCAAAAACCCGUCAAGAUUUCAAGAAGCCAACUCGUGUGACAAGAUCAAGAUACAACAAUGUAUUCAACAAAGGAGAGUCACCAAUGAAUGAAUCAGAACUUCAACAGGAUAUCGUUUGGGAUGCCACUUCCCCUUCACCCCUUAGGACAGUUAGCAAAGGAGGCAAGAAGUACUCUGCAAAUGUUGGAAUUGUGGACAUUUCCAAUAUUGUCAACAGAAUAGCUCCCAAGCAUGGGAGACCUGUAGUUCCAGAGUCAUCCUUGCUCCAGUGGAUUGGAGACAGUGCUAUUCCCUGCACGCCAGAGAUGCAGCAGCCCAGGACCAAGAAGAAAUCCCCAAGGACAAAUGGAGUGGACGACCUUUUAAAGUUGGCGAAACAGUUUGAUUUCAACAUGUUUCGGCAAGACGAAGAACGAGUCAAUGAUAUGCACAAGCAGAGUUUGGCGCUUUGGAGGACCGACUCGGAGGACACAUUGGAUUUAGAUGGCAUCGAGAACCAGCCUCCUCCCUUACUGAGUAAUGGCACACCUGAAAGUACACAGUCCGCCCUUAAAACAAACAGCAUGAGAAACUCCAAAGACCAGAUACCUCCUGACCAUGAGAUGGAAGAUGAUUUGGAUUUUUUAUUUGAUGGACCAACUCAACACAUAAGUCUGAACUUAAGUCAGAAUUCAUUGCCUCAGUCCUUGGAGGUGAAGACUGCGCCCACUAUGUCCUCCAAAGUAAUUCCUGGAAAAUAUCCUUAUUCCAUACAUGGCCACACUUCGACCGUCUCCUCAUCGCAUCCUGUCAAAAGAUGCUCAGCAAAUAAUAACUUUGACGACGACUGGGAAAAUGACGAUUUGCUGGAUGACUCGCUGGUAUUUGAGAUGACCCAAAACCCAGACCUCUUUGCCGCUCCUAAUCAUUGUUCGACCCAAAAAGGGUCGAAUGAAACAAAACAUGAAAACAACAACCCCUCAGCCAUUCCCAAAAAUGCUCUUCAAGGAAGUAGAGACAUAAAACCAGCGGUGUCCAAAGGACAGAAUGAAACUGUGAAAAACAGAAAAACAUUCACGCUUGAAGCAAAUCCUAAUGUACAAUCAAAAAGUAUCCUCUCAGAGGCAUUACCAAAAGUAGGGAAUGUCCCCGACACUGUCAAACCAGCACCACAUAGGAACAUACAGCAAAACCAACCAGGUCUCUUUCCAAUCAACAAAGCUCCGUCAAUGGAGUCCAGUUACCAACUUAGCCAGCAAACACAGCGCCUGUCUAAUGGAAUAAAGGCUUGGCCGCAGGUGCCUCUUUUUCAAAGUACAUCGAUCUCAACCAGCUCAAGCACAUCAAACUUCACCGACUCUUAUUCAAUGUGGCCCCUUCAGGUUGAGAAUAGCUCUUACCACAAGCCCACAGAGAACAGCAAUAUGAAGGGAACGGGUAUCAUCAAGGCCCCAGCUAGCCACAGCGUCAUCCCAGAGGACGACUUGGACUCUCUCUUUGCUUCUGAUUCCAUCUGGGAUGACACAGACGAUGACCUAUUGUGCCAAGCAUGUGAUCACCUGGAAAGCCAGGUACAGAGCAUGGAGGACCCUGUUAUCACACGCUCCCAAUUCCUGCCCAGUAAUCAGACAGAAAGACAGAAGUGUGUCUCUGCACUUUUGAAUAGCAGCAGAUACAAUGUAAAUCAAACAACUGAGACCACACAAUCCAAAUAUCCCAACAAUUCAGUUUGUUUACAAUCGGCCCCCUGGAACGGUAGCACUUUCACCCACUCUCUCAAUACCAACAAAGUACCUGUUACUGUGGUCUCUGGUUCUGAAAGACCGAGUUCCAAUGCCUCAGCUGGAAAUGCUGGCACUAACUCCACGUAUAGGCCACAGAACCCUGCAGCAGGAGAAGGGUCAUACGAAAGUACUCGGGUCAAAAGCACUUGUGUAGCUGGGAGCACAGCUAAUCAACAAGGCACUGGGAGUGAAGCAGCUGGGAAAUGUUCUGUGGUGGAGAUUGAACUGAAGAAACAGCAGGCCAUGGAGAGGAGACGGCAACGGAUGCAGACGGCCCACAACCUAAGGGCUCCAACCUGAGGCUGGUACAGUGCACAUAUACAAGAAGAUUCAGAUUCUUACUAUAGAGUUGUUGUAGCCUCGUACUACCAUCCUGAUCUCGUAGCAAAACAGAAUGUAAGCUCGCUAGUCCAGGAUGGUUGUGCGAGGCUAGAGCUGCCGUGCCUUUGUCUGUUUUCCAACUCAUAAUUUACAUCACUCAAUCCAUUUCUGAAUAAGAUUUUAAUAGUUUUAAUAUAAAUGUUCUUAUUUACAUUAAUCUAUUAACUGUUAACAAAGGAACUUAAAAAAAAAAAACAAUAACCUAUUUUCAGGGAGUAUGUUACCAGUUGUGUUUGCAGAAUAGGCUAAGCUUGUUCUGUCACUUUUUCAUAUUAUUCAUUAUAUCAGUUUUGUAAAUUACCAUAGGAUUACAACAUGAGCGGUUUUCUGAUUAAAAACACGAGUCGUCUUGUGCUGUCAGAAAAACUAUCAUAUGUUUCUAUAUUAUGUUUAUCUGUCUUUCACUUCUUUGUUUUGGACAUUGUUUAUAUAUUUGUCAUUUGCACAAUAAUGAAACUGCCUCAAAAGAUGACACACAGAUAUUAAAGUUGCGAAAGGAUUCCCACCCACCCUUUCCAGACAACACUAUAUUGUGUACAGCAGUGACAUCUAGUGCCCUUUUGUUUCUGUGUCAUGUAGGGUCACUCUUUCUUUAGCAUACCAUAAUUUAUUUUUUGUGGAAUACAACAGAGCUACUGUCACGAAGCACAAAAUAACCAGUUUGAUGCAACAGUCAACACAGUACGAAGAGCUCCUUUAGGACCAGCACACAUAGUAAUGAGUAGUGCUUUCAACAGAAAUGGUCUACGUCCCAAACGGCACCCUAUUCCCUGUGUAGUGCACUACUUUUGACCAGGGCCUAUAGGGAACUAAAUAGGGAGUAGGGUGCCAUUUAUCCUUUCUCUUGAUCCUAUCCACAUUCUGAUUGUGCCCACAUAGCCGUUACGUCCACACAUGGCAGUAAAAUGUGUAUCUUUUCUGUCCAUAUUGUGACCAGAUAUCCUGGUCCCUCCCUGUAUGCACAUUUUUUGACAGAUAUUCUUUCAUAAUUGUUAAUUUAUUAAUUUUAAGAUAAUUGAUGCAAUAAGCCAAUGGUGCCAAUUAAUUUAGAGACCUGUAUAAUGAGGAUUUCAAUAGUUCGAUUAUCCAGAUCUGUAUACACUUGAUUGAUAUCCAGGUACAAUGGGUCCCCGACUACCUCCGGAGUUGGUCAGGAAGAUCUGAUCAAAAUUAGAUCACAAUUAGUCUUUUUAAUUGUCUACACCUGUCUAAAAAUGUGGGGACAAUCAGGAUGUCGACAAGAUGAGAACAAAUUAUGCCUUGUUAGAAACAGGUAUAAACAGGGCUUUAGAAAGGGCUUUGACUACACCACACAUGCAGUCUGGUAGAGCGUGUGAGUAGAGACCUGAACCCUUUCAGAGUCCUGUAACUUGGGAUCUUAUGAAUCCUUCAGCCAUAGUCGAAUAUCAGUUUGCACCGUGGGAGCCUCAGGAUCUGGCCCUGACUGAACAGUCUGCUCGUUUGGAUUUGGCCCCACUUCAAUCACAUCCACACCAUGUAUCACUUUAUUACAUAGAUCCUUUACACUCGGUUAUUCGAGGAGCUGUGUUGGUCUGUCUAAGCUCUGCUCACUGUCUUGAUGGGACAAACCAUAGACAUUAGAGACAAUAAAGGAAUCUUACUGUAAUGUCUAUGGUGAACCCUUCAAUCCAGCGCAGACACACACACACACCACUCAAUACCUUGAGGGAAUCUCACUGUUAAAGUGAUGCUCCAGGGAUUUUGUAUAAUUUCACACAGUCAUUUUGAAAUGGGUCCCCAAAAUAAAUUAUUUUUUGUUGCAAUUCGUAUAUAUGUUCUAAAUUUGUAAGUGCUUAAGAUCCGGGACUGCAUCUUUAAGUUUAUGAAGAUUGGGAAACCAUUCAACCCAGCACACACACCACUCAGUGCGUUUCAGUUUCAUCCGAGGAGUGCUCCGAGGCACCGUGUUCAGCAGCCCAGCCUAUGCAGUCAACCCAUCCGGACAGACUCGUCAGGUCCCUUCAUUAGUAGGCUGGCAGCUGUCUGAUGGAGAGAUAGGCUUGCUACCCACUCUGGCUGGGGCACAUGUAAGGAGAGUCGCGUUAUCAUCAGACAGGUGUGUAACUGUACCGGUAGUCUGGGUGCACAGCAUUGUUGCUGCAAAUCAGAGGCACCAAGAUGCCAAUCUCCUACCUACCGGACUUAAUCACAAUGCUAUUGUCUCACAACGCUGUUUAAUUUAGAACAAUUAUCUGUUUGUAAAGGGAUUUGCCUAGACCCUCCCUUGCCAA